AUGCUCAGUAGCGCCCGGGCGGGACAGGCGCAGAGUAGAAUUACACUGUUCAUGUUGUGUUUAUGUAUUUUAAACAUCGAUAUAUAAAUCGCGAGGCGACUUUUUCUUUUACGGUUAGAUCUGAAUCUUUGAAGUGACUUGUAGAAGAGAACCGCAGUGAACUAGCGGGUCUUCUACACGGAUAAUUUUGGAUCUUUCUCCCAGUUGCUCCGAAAGCUUCCAUACAUCCAACACUAAACCAUUCUAAAGGAAUCUGUCUAUCCGACCUGAAGUGAACAUCAGACGGUCGUCAAUAGGUGACAGCAUCGAACUAUUGGGACUCAAUAUCAUGGCAGAACGUCUGUCCCAGAGCGAACUGGACUACCCCUUUAAACUGCUGGAGUAUUUCAAUGGAUUCAGAGUCUCAAAGGUUAUCUUCUCAGCCUGUGAGUUGGGGGUGUUUGACCUCCUGCUGUUGUCCCAGAAGCCUCUGUCUGCGGAGCUCGUGGCCCAGGAGCUGGGCGCCAGCGUGGACGGAAUUGAACGCCUUCUGGACGUACUGGUGGGAGUCGACAUCCUGGAGGUGGAGCAGAUAGACGGGACAGCCUGUUACAGCGGUACUGAUGUGGCCAACCUCUACCUGGCCAAGGGCAGCGCCAAGUCUCUUCAUGACAUGAUCAUCUACCAAUCACAGACCAUCUACCCUCUGUGGAACAACAUGGUGCACGCUGUCAGAGAGGGGAAGAACCAAAAUGAAAAAACAUUUGGCAUCUCACCUGAAGACAUCUUCCAAACCAUCUACAGGUCAGAGGAGGAGAUGCUGAAGUUUAUGGGUCUGAUGAACUCAACAUGGAUCCUGGAUGGACACGACAUCGUCACAGCCUUCAACCUCUCCUGCUUUAAGACCAUGGUGGACCUUGGAGGUUGUUCGGGGGCUCUGGCCAGGGAGCUGUCCAAGGCCUACCCCUCCUCCUCUGUCACUGUGCUGGACCUUCCUACAGUCAUCCAGACAGCCAGACAGCACUUCUCUGAACAGGACGAUACCAUUGUGUUUCAGGAGGGAGACUUCUUUGGUGGAGACAUCCCUCCAGCUGAUCUGUACAUCUUGGCCAGAAUCCUCCAUGACUGGAAGGAAGAGAAAUGUGUUCAGCUGCUGAAGAAGAUCCAUGCAUGUUGUCAACCAGUGAGCCUGCCCGAUCCCAUGUGUUGUUCUGGUCAGCAGUGAGCCUGCCCGAUCCCAUGUGUUGUUCUGGUCAGCGGUGGUGGGGUUCUGUUAGUGGAGGCUCUACUGUUUGAGAACCGUCGAGGUCCGGUCAUGGCUCAGAUCUUCUCCCUCAACAUGUUGGUCCAGACGGAGGGGAAGGAGCAUCCUCCCUCUCAGUACUCUAACAUGCUCUCCUUCGCUGGUUUCCACAACGUCCAGGUCUGUCGGACAGGGAAAUCCUACGAUGCCAUCCUGGCCAUCAAAUGAACCUGUCAGGCUGUUUAGACCAUGAAAUAUCUAUGGUUUAGACAAUGAAAUCUCUAUGGUUCAGACUGGAUAUCUUAGGAAGUAUCUAUCUUGUGUGAAGCCUCCAUGUUAGCAGUCUGUCUGCAUGAACCUCACCCUUCAGAUGCAGCCGACCCGAUAGUCUCCUGGUGACUCUGUUAUUGGCUAGCUAAGAUGACAUCACAGUGUUAUUGUUUUUACUCUUUUUUUCAGGGUCAUGUCUUCUCCCUCAAAUGCAAAUAUUUAGUUUUUCCGUGCAUAUAGUCUGUAUAUUAUCUGAGAUGUGAUAGUGAUGUUAUUCUCACUUCAAAGACGAGGAAAAAUGUGGGCAUAACUGUAAUGUUAGACCUGUUAGUAACCUGUUAGUAAUUUCCUAUUAAAGGAGUUUCCUCAGCAACAA